ACGCCGUUAAACCCCAUCGAAGAAUAAACUAAUCUUGUCGAUGACGUUAGCUAGUCAAGCAAGCUAAACAUGGCAAAAUGACCUCGUCCUAAUUAACCACAGUAUUUCCCUAAUUCGUGCAACCUUGUUAAGUGUUUUCUUUUUCCGUUGUUUUAAAUUCUCAUUUUAAUAGCAUUGGAGAUUUGGAGCCACCACAAAAGUUAACCGCUAAUGUUAGCUAGCAAGUCGGCUAGCCUGAAACUUCUGUAACUGCAAGCACGCCUGAUGUCUGCCGAGGCUUCCGCAGGGAGUGUGGCAGCUGCCUCCAUCCUCGCCACCCAGGUCUCUGGCCAUUGCAGCGAGGAGAAGGGGGUUGGAGGUGGUCUGGCGGGGAGUAAAUAUGUGAAGCUGAAUGUUGGGGGCUCCCUGCAUUACACCACAGUACAGACCCUGAGCAAAGAGGACAGCUUACUGAGGAGCAUGUGCAAUGGAGGAGCAGAGGUCACCAUAGAUUCGGAGGGCUGGGUAGUGUUGGACAGGUGUGGUCGCCAUUUUGGCUUGGUGCUGAACUUUAUGCGGGACGGCUCGGUACCACUUCCGGAGUCCCACCGAGAGCUGGAGGAAGUUCUGAAGGAGGCUCAGUACUACAGGGUCCAGGGGCUAGUCCAACACUGCACUUCUGCCAUGCAGAAACAAAGAGAUGUCUAUGAGGGGGUUUGCCGUAUUCCCAUGAUUACCUCAACCAAAGAAGAACAGAGAAUGAUAAACACCUGCAGGAAGCCUGUAGUAAAACUACAGAACAACAGAGGGAACAACAAGUAUUCGUACACCAGUAACUCGGACGACAACCUGCUGAAAAACAUUGAGCUGUUUGAUAAACUGGGGCUGCGCUUCAAUGGGCGUGUCCUGUUUGUCAAGGACGUGCUCGGGGACGAGAUCUGCUGCUGGUCCUUCUACGGUGAGGGCCGCAAGAUCGCUGAGGUGUGCUGCACAUCCAUUGUCUACGCCACUGAGAAGAAACAGACCAAGGUGGAGUUUCCUGAAGCCCGCAUCUUUGAGGAGACCCUCAACAUCCUCAUCUAUGAGAAUGGGCGUGGUUCUGGCCCGGGAGGCGUGGCCCUUUUGGAGUCAUCAUCGCCUGGGGCCAGCCAAUCAGAGGAGGAGGGGGCCAGCGCAGGGGACCGAAGGGUGAGGAGGAUCCACGUAAGGAGGCAUAUCAUGCACGACGAGAGAGGACACGGCCAACAGACUGUGUAUAAGGACUGAGAAAAAAAAAGAGUGAACUGUGGGGAUAAGGAGAGGAUAAAGAGGGAGUUAGCGGCAGGGUAAAGAUACAGGUUGUUUGGCGGCGAUGUUUUGCAUGGAGAGGUUAGGGCGGAUGUUUAGUAGGGGGGGUGGUACAGGUUCUUAUAUAAGGAAGCAGAUGUGGGACUUCAAGAUGAUAAUAAGCAAGGACUGAGAUAUUUAUUAUUUUUUGGUGCCCGAUUGGGGAAAACAGCCCCUAACUCAAAAGGUGGGACUAAUACGCUAAUGGAUGUGCACAAUUAUGGGAGAAAGGUAGAGAGAAUUGGACCACAGCAUAGGUCUGCAAAUACCUAGGGGCUAGAUUGGGCUAUCUCCCGACCAGGUUUGGGUGGUGGUGAUGUGACUGGAAGAUGGAGGGGUUCGCUGGUUCAACUAAGGUACUUUAACUGCACUAAAAGGGAACCGGGAUGGUGGAGUGAGGUGUUGGUAGUAGGUUAGAGACAAUGAGACUGCUGAGCAUUGCUGGAUGUUUAUUCCUUUUGAAUUGAUUAUUGUUGUAUGUAUUUGUCUCUAUUUAUUAUUAUUUGGUUAAUUUGUCCUUUUUAUAUAACUUUAAAUACAUUAUUUAUUAUUUAUUCUGUAUAGAUGUUGGUGGGAAUUGUAUGUGUUGAGGGUGCUGAUUUGAUUUGAUAUUUUGACCAGUUUAUGCACUGAUCACUUUCCUAACCGACUGCCAUGUGAGUUCAUGUGUACACAUUGACUUGCUAAAUCAUGUUUUAAUAUUUUUUGUCCAUGAUGCUACCGUACCUAAUUGAAACAGGAUUUCAUGUUGUCGGAUGGUGAAAUCAGGCUUUAUUUGUCUCUCUAAAAAUCAUGUUUAAGUCUUUGUAUUCAGUUUGGUACAUAUUCCUUCCUCGCACUAGUCUGAUCACAAAAAAACAUUAACAAGUGAAAUGAAGGAAGUGAUCUGAACCUGGGAAGUGUUUAUGUCCCAGAGGUUAUUGGACACUUGUUAACCCAUAGACGCAUGUACUCUGGCAGGUAAAUCUCACAUCCUAAUCCUAUAACAAAAAGUUUGGGGCAGUCCUGGAAUAAAACUCAUUUGCAAAGAAUGUUUUUUCAUCCAGGAUUAGGGGCUUAAUCUGGGUCAAGAAAAACAUCCCAUAGUGUCUGCCAAGAUGCGCAAACAAUUUUUUCCCCCGUCAAAUGUUCUUUAUAAUAUUGUAACUAUCUGGGGUUUUAGAUAUUUUAUGGACCAUCAACAUUCUCAAUAAAAAUCUGAACCCUG